CAAGUAAGAAUAACGCAUAUUUGGCAUUGCCUUGAAUGUGAAGUAUGAUGCAUCAUCAUCUUUACAACCUUGAAUGAAGAGCUUUUGAACUAUCGGCAAGAAAAGAACCCCAACGUUCUUUUCAUCCAUUUCUCAUUGGGAAGUCAUUGCUAUAUAUAAAACUAUCACUUGCACAAGAAAGCACAUGCAUAUCCUUGUUCUGGUAUUAGAGACAUUAUUCAUUCACUACAUUUUACCUUCUUGAAGUCCCUGGUGCUUUCCUUUAUCCACUCUUAUCCAACACCACAUAGUGCAAGAUGGCCAAUGAGCAAAUGAAGCCUAUUGCCACCCUUCUUUUGUUGCUGAACUUCUGCAUGUAUGUCAUAAUUUUGGGCAUUGGUGGAUGGGCUAUGAAUAGAGCAAUAGAUCAUGGUUUUAUCAUAGGUCCAGAAUUGGCACUACCAGCUCAUUUUUCACCCAUAUACUUCCCUAUGGGAAAUGCUGCCACUGGCUUCUUUGUAACGUUUGCUUUGCUUGCUGGAGUAGUUGGUGCUGCAUCAACGAUUUCAGGAUUCAAUCAUAUUCGUUCAUGGACUUCUGAGAGCUUGCCAUCUGCAGCUUCAGUUGCUACCAUUGCUUGGACCCUUACACUCUUGGCCAUGGGCUUUGCAUGCAAAGAGAUUGAGCUUCAAAUCAGAAAUGCACGCUUGAGAACAAUGGAGGCUUUUCUAAUUAUCCUGUCAGCCACACAACUUUUCUACAUUGCUGCUAUUCAUGGUGCUGCUGCAUACAGGAGAUGAACUUGAAACUUGACAAAAGUUCUUUUUGUUGAGCAUGAGGGAAUGAAUUUGUGUCUGCGUGCGUGCGUGCUUUUUUUUUUGGCGUAUUCUUUUCCUUCAUCUUUAUUCUUUGGUUUAUUUUAUUUUAUUUUUCCUGUUUCUCUAAUUAAGACUUCCAAUUUGCAAGACAUCAAUUAAGAAUUGGCAGAUUGUGUUGGGAUUUGAAAUCAAUGGUUGGAUUUGUACAAACUAUGAAUUAAGAAUAAUAAAUCAUGUUCAAAGCAUU